AUGGACGGCAGGGCGGGUCCCACGACCGGGCCGGAUGCCAUCCUGUCCACCCAUCUGACUGGAGGAAAUAAGACCAAGGCGCGCGAGGGUUUGCGGGGUUGGUUUAACAGGCAUUGGGUCAUCUGUACCCUGGGGCCGGCAUGUAACAAUGUGGAGACCCUGAAGCAGAUGCUGGUGGCGGGGAUGAACGUGGCGCGCUUCAACUUCUCCCACGGCUCCCACGAGUACCACCAGGGCGUGCUGGACAACCUGCGCGAGGCGUGCCGCCAGACGCGCAUCAUGUGUGCGGUGAUGCUGGACACCAAGGGCCCCGAGAUCCGCACCGGCUUCCUGGAGGACGAGCGCCCCGUCUUCCUGGACGCCGGCCAGGAGGUGACCAUCACCACCGACUACGGGGUGCGGGGCAACAAGGGGCUCAUCGCCAUGUCCUACGCCAAGCUGGCGCAGGACGUGCGGCCCGGGCUGGUCAUCCUGGUGGCCGACGGCUCCAUCUCGCUGGAGGUGCUGUCCACCGACCCGGCGGCGGGCACGGUGCGCGCGCGCUGCCUCAACUCCGCCAAGCUGGGCGAGCGCAAGAACGUGAACCUGCCAGGUGUGAUCGUGGACCUGCCCACCCUCACCGACAAGGACAUCGACGACCUGCAGAACUGGGGCGUGCCCAACGAGAUCGACCUCGUGGCCGCGUCCUUUGUGCGCAAGGGCUCCGACCUGGACUACAUCCGCAAGGUGCUGGGCCCGCGUGGUCAGUACAUCAAGAUCAUCAGCAAGGUGGAGAACCACGAGGGCGUGACCAACUUCGACGACAUCCUGGACAAGUCGGACUCGAUCAUGGUGGCGCGCGGCGACCUGGGCAUGGAGAUCCCCACCGAGAAGAUCUUCCUGGCCCAGAAGCUGAUGAUCCAGAAGUGCAACCUGGCGGGGAAGCCGGUGGUGACGGCGACCCAGAUGCUGGAGUCCAUGACCAAGAACCCGCGACCGACGCGCGCGGAGGCCACCGACGUGGCCAACGCGGUGCUGGACGGCACGGACUGCGUGAUGCUGAGCGGGGAGACGGCGGCGGGGGCCUACCCCGUGGCCGCGGUGGCAGUGAUGACCAAGAUCUGCCAUGAGGCAGAGGCCUCCAUCAACUACACUGCGCUGUUCCGGGCCAUCAUGAAGCGCGUGCCGCUGCCCAUGAGCCCGCUGGAGUCUCUCGCCUCGUCGGCGGUUCGCACCGCGCACAAAGUCGGCGCCAGCCUGAUCGUGGUGCUGACGCGCGGCGGCGCCACCGCGCGCCUCGUCGCCAAGUACCGCCCCACUGUGCCCGUGCUCACGGUCGUCGUCCCCGUGCUCACCACCGACAACCUCACCUGGCAGUGCUCCAGCGAGAGCCCCGCGCGCCAGAUGCUCAUCUCCCGCGGCCUGCUCCCCAUCCUGGCCGAAGGCUCCGCCAGGGCCAGCGACAGCGACACCACCGACGAGCUGCUGCAUGCGGCGCUGGACCACGCGCGCGACUCGAGGUACUGCGCCCGCGGCGACACUGUGGUGGCCAUGCACCGCAUCGGCAACGCCUCGGUCAUCAAGCUGGUGGACAUCAAGUAG